AUGAGCUCCAGGUGCCUGAGGUGCUGCCGAGGAGCCGCGCAGGAGCGGGGAUAACCAGCCCAGAUUCCUGUUCCGCUGGAGACUGGAUUGAAGACGGGGUCUGAGGUCCCUGCUGGAGGAAGGAGGAGGGGAAGAGGAGAAGGAGGAGGUUUCCCUUGGCCUCUGAGCUGUGAAAGCAGAAAACCAAAGCAUGUCCCAGAAACCUGGACUGACCCCCCCUCCAUGGUGCACCCCAAGGCUCACCUGAUCCCCAGGUAUGGAGCCCAGCCCCUGCCAGAGCAUCUGGCUGCUCACACGCAGGGGAAGGACCAGCAGAAUUCCUCCUUGGAGAGACCCCCUGUGCUGAGCCAGCCAAAGGAGGAGGAGAGCAGCAGCAUGGACCCUGAGGAUCAGCCAAUGUCUCCCUCCCUGGAUAUAACCAUAGAGACUCUCAACAAGAUGAUCCUGGAGAUUGAUCCCACCUUCCAGCCACUGCCAUGCAGGCCAGUGAGGGCUGCAGGCCAGCCUGCUGCUCAGGGGGACACUGUGGCCACCAAGAAGCAGGAGCAGGAGGCAAUAGAUAUCAAGUACAUAGAGCUGACACCAGGCAGAGCCACGGGGCCUGACCUGCCACAGGGCUCCCCCAGCCCUUCAGGCACCCCCUUCUCCAGGUCCCCUCAGACCAGCAGCUUCCUGCCCCAAAAAGGGGCUCUGGGAGGCAAAUACAGCUCUGGUGACAGCGUGGUUUUCUCCAGCCCACCCGGACCCCCGAGUCCCCAGCCGGCCGCGCUGAGCAGCAGCAAAGCAGCCGAGAGCAGCAGCGCUCCCUGGCAGUGCCUGGCAGGACACACAGACACAGCCUCCUGCAGCCCCGGGGCCCUCAGCACCUCCCCAGGUGUGGAGAACCUGCUGAAGCCCGUGCAGGUGCUGAGGGCCCAGCAGAGGGGCAGCUGGGUGUCCCAGCUCUCUACCAGCCCUGGCUCGGACACCAGCUACAUGCUGGGCAGCAGCACCCACUCGCUCCACAACGACGACUCCGACGCUUCGGCCGCUGCCUCCCUGUCCCCCUCCAGCUCCCUGGGCAGCCCCUGCUCCCCUUCCUCGGGCAUCGCGGCUCACCCCAGGGAGGCUUUUGGCCAGAGCUCCCCCCAGCCGCGGGCAGGCAGCUCCCCCAGCACCUCCCUGACCCAGAAGGGCCAGGCCAGCAGCUGCCCCCCCUCCAUCCUCACCUCUGCUGCCGACAUCCCGGUGCUGCUGGUGAACGGGUGCCUGGAACAAGGGGAUGGACCCCCCCCGAUGGCCAGAGCCCCCCCAAGCUCUGCCAAACAGCCCCCCCUGGCCGGCUGCAGCCCGGCCUCGAGGCUGGGGGGCCUGAACAACGCUCAGUCAGCGCCCACCCUCAGCUGCCUCUCAGACAGUCCCCUGAAGGCUGGGCAGCCCACCAUGAAGUUUGUGAUGGACACAUCCAAAUUCUGGUUCAAGCCAAGCAUCAGCAGGGACCGAGCAAUCCAGCUGCUGAAGGACAAGGAGCCGGGCGCGUUCCUGGUGAGGGACAGCACCUCCUUCCGGGGCUCCUUCGGGCUGGCCAUGAAGGUUCCUGGCUCCCCCUCAGGCAGCCACACAGGUGAGGAGAGCAGUGACCUCGUCAGGCACUUCCUCAUCGAGUCCUCCACCAAAGGGGUUCACCUGAAGGGCGCCAGCGAGGAGCUGUACUUUGGGAGCCUGUCUGCCUUCGUCUACCAGCACUCCAUCACCCCUCUGGCGCUGCCCUGCAAGCUCAGCAUCCCCACCAGAGAUCUCGCUGAUGGAUUGGACAGCCCUGACUGCGCCCCCGAACCUGCCCCGGCCCUGGCCAGGAAAGCUACAGUGUGCAACGUCCUGUACCUCAACUCAGUGAACGUGGAGACGCUGACAGGAGCCCCAGCCAUCCUGAAGGGCAUCUCCUGCACCUUGGAGCUGGAGACGCUGCCCACCCCAGCCCUGGUGCACUUCAGGGUGACGGAGCAGGGCGUCACGCUGACCGACAUCCAGAGGAAGGUGUUUUUCAGGCGACACUACCCCUUGGCUGCCAUCAGGUUCUGUGGGAUGGACCCUGAGAACAGAAAGUGGCAGAAGUACUGCAAGUCCUCCAGAAUCUUCGGGUUCGUGGCCAAAAGCCAGACAGACUCGGAGAACCUCUGUCACCUGUUUGCAGAGUACGACACCCUGCAGCCCGUGUCCCUUGUCAUCGACCGGCUCCGCCAGCUCCUGCCCAGCCCAUAGGGACACAGCCCUGGGACACUCAGGGCCAGCAGCUGCCCACACACUGCUGAGCUUCUCCUGCUCCCCUUCUCCUGCUUCUGGGUUGCAUUUUGGCAACAGCACGUAAUUCGAAUUUUUUUGUUAUGCACCGUCACAUCAGGAGCCUCAGCUAAAGACUUUGAGCUCUGGUGGGAUGAGAUGCUCCUCCAAGCCUCUCCAUGGGGCACUGGCUGCCCUGGGGAAGGGAUGGGAGCUGUGCUCUCUAUGGAACCACUGUCCCUCAGGUGGACUCUCUGCUUUGAAGGACCACAAUGCUCUGGCUGGGCUUUCCACCAGCCAUGAGGUGCCCUGGGCUGGGGGAGCUCAUGGAGCUGAACUGAGUUGGGGACUCAGCCCUGAUCCCCGAGUGCUGCAGGAGGGAAAAUCUGGGGGAGGAAUCGCCCCCCUGAGCAGCACAAAGAGGCAGCUUUGCAAAUCAAAGUGUAUAAAAUGACUAAGUCCUGCUGGAAACCUGCUUGCCUCGAGGAGCAAGCAGCAUCCACAGGCAGGAAUUGACAGAGCAGCGCAUUUUUCCUGGUGCUGGGAAAUUCUCCUGCCCUUUUUACGCAGUGCGGGGUUGCGGGCGGGGCUCGACCUCCCAGCAUUGCCCAGAGCUGGGAAAUAAAUGGUGACAUUUCCAUGA